CCAACCUUAACUAUACAUUUUAACCAACAGAUGUCGCAGUUUUGAUUCAUUCUGAAAAUGGCGCCCAAGAAAGAGGAUUGCAAAUGUUACCUUGAAACGACUGUGGUUACUAUUGAGAAUCAUAAACCAGAAACUCCUACAUUUUCAAAAUUAGCAGAAAGAAAAAAUGAAGAGGGGAAUUUUUUUUACAAAGAUAAAAAAUACAGAGAAGCUCUGAGUAUGUACAAAAGUGCCAUAGAACUAUGUCCCAACUCCUCAGCAUACCAUGGAAAUAAGGCUUCUUGUUUAAUGAUGCUCGGCCAGUACGAAAAAGCUUUAGAGGAUGUUUAUCAAGCAUUACAACUUGAUAAACAUUAUGCAAAGCAGGGAUACCUUCAAGAAGUCAGGUGUCAUAUUGCUUUAGGAGAUGUUUCAUCAGCUUCCUCUUCACUACAAAGAAUACAAGAACUUUAUCCUGACCAUCCUUCCCUUUCAGAAGAAAAAAAGCACUUAUCACAACUCAAGUUUUUUAUUGAAGAAGGAAGGAAAGCUUAUAAAAAGAAAGAUUUCCAAAAGGUCAUCUUCUGCAUGGAUAAGGCUCUUAUCCAAGCCAAAGCCUGUACCACAUUCAGACUUAUCAAAGCAGAGUGCAUGGUCUUUCUCAAACGAUACCAAGAAGCUAAGCAUAUUAGCAAUGAUAUACUUCGUAUUGAUGCCUCAAAUGUGGAUGCCCUGUAUAUCAAAGGAAUGUGCCUUUAUUAUCAAGAUAUCCUAGAAAAAGCUGUAGAUAACUUACAGGAAGUGUUAAAACUCAUCCCUUACUAUAAGAAGGCUGAAGAAAUAUACAAGAAAGCCAAACAGUUGCAAAGCAAGAAGGAAGAUGGCAGUCGGGCAUUUAAAAAGGGGAAUUACAAAGAUGCUUAUGCAAUCUAUACAGAAGCAUUAAAUAUAGAUCUCAACAAUGUACAAACUAAUAGUAAACUGUAUUUUAACCGAGCUGUUGUGUGUUUAAAAAUGAAUAGAACCAAUGAAGCUAUUGAAGACUGCAGUAAAGCAAUCGAUCUAGAUAAAGAAUAUGUUAAAGCAUACCUAAGAAGGGCUAAAUGCUACAUGGACACUCAGAGGUAUGAAGAAGCAGUCAGAGAUUAUGAAACUUUGUACCAAAAGAACAGAACACUUGAGUAUCAAAAAGUUUUGGAUCGUGCCAGAUUAGAACUUUUAAAAAGUAAAAGAAAGAAUUACUACCAAAUCCUAGGACUAAAUAAACAUGCUGCAUACGAUGAUAUAAAAAAAGCAUAUCAUAAACAAGCCCUUCUUUGUCAUCCUGACCGUCAUCCAGAUGCUAAGGAAGAUGAACAACAAGAACAAGAAAAGAAGUUUAAAGAGAUCAGUGAAGCAUACAGUAUCUUGUCCGACCCAAGGAAACGCAGUCAUUAUGACAAAGGCUUAGAUAUUACUGGCAUGAAUGGUUUUAGAACUGGUGGCAUGGAUCCUAAUGACCUCUUUGAAGUGUUCUUGAGAAAUCAGGUUUUUAGACGUCGCAACCAGUUUUUCUUCUCGGAUGGUUUCCAGCCUGUGUGAGAUUUUGGAUGGUUUGGAAAUCAAUGUAUUUAAUAGAGUUAUAUAUAAAGAGGAUAGUUGGCACUUUCUCUUUACAACAAAAAAAUAUAAACACAAGUUCUUCAUUCUUAAAUCCUUUUAAUGGUGAACAGGGGACACUUGUUAUUAACUAAGAAGACAACUUCACCCAACAAAAAAUAUUCUGAUCUCUCCAUUCCCAUUGGAUGAAGUUGUGUUUUAGGACAGUGUCUGGUUCUGUUAAACUGAUUUGGCAGUGAGAAGCUCAAACAAAGAGGAUUUCAGAAUGAGGUAAUCUGGUGUUUAUUUUAAUAUUCAGCAAGAAGAUAAGAAAGUUGUUCGUUUAGCAAGGAACGAUGGAGUUCGCUGAUAAUGUUUAGACUGUUUUUAGGUAACAAUUUGCAUAUUCAUGAGAUGGUACUUGUUUUGCUCAAAGUCUUGGACAAAAAAAAUUACCACUUUUCUUACGUUAGUCUUUUGAUAGACAGGUUUUUAGAGAGCCACACAUUUCUGAAAAUUUUGAGCUACACAAGUCUAGCAUGUAAAUAUAAUAAAUAUUAUAGAAAGCUUUAAAUGUUACAUAAAUAUAUACACACAUGUAUACUUGUAGGUUGUCAACAGUAGAUCAGUCGAGUUUCACUGUCAGCUGUACGAUAACAAUAAAAUGUACAAAAAGCUUUAAACUGUUACAUAUAAUAAUUAACCAUUCAAAUUUCACUUUCUGUGAAUAGUACGUUUCAUACAACAAUUUGUUUUAUUUUUUCUUUCAACUUUUACAAUUACUUGCUUAAUAAAGUACUGGUUUUGUAGCUUUCACUACUCUUCAGCUCUUCUUUUUUUUUGCACCUUAAAAAUAAUACAAUUUUAUUU